AUGGCUGUAGCAUUGCCAUAUCUACCAUCCAACUCUACUUUCAGCCCAUUCACUGAUUCCCCGAGCUCGCCUGUUCUACAUCAGGUCGACUUGUCAAGCUCUCACAGGUGGUCCACGAUGUCAGACGCUUUGGCGCCGCCUCCGUCUCCAUACCCUCUACAAUCUGAUCCCUCACCUACCGAUUCGAGCGGCACAGAGAGCACUGAUAUCGAGGAGGACGUUCAACAAGAGAUUACGAAUACUCCAUCGAACUUUGCGAUUCAGUCCAGUCGGCCCCAGAGUCGAGAAAGCCUCAUCAGGCUAGACACAACUACCGUUCCACGGUCACGGUCCAAUUCCGAUGAGCCACCGCCAUCAGUCAUACAUGCGCCUCCUGGAUUCAAAGAGCUUGACGGAGCUAGUGGACAGGAUUCAGGAACCACCAUAUACCCGUCCAGCCAUGAUUUCGAUCACGAUGCAACUUCUCCAAGUACUCCCGACGCGGCUCUAGGUCCGGAAGACAAACGACUAUCCUCUCUCACUUCUCCUUUAGAUACGAAUACACCACUCAACAAAGGCGUCGAUAGGCCUACACCAAGAGCUCAAACGCGACAAGAAGCGGAAGACGAAUGGAAGAGGUCUGGGCGGACGUCCAGUCUCGAGGGAAAAGACAUUCCGGAAACAAUCAUUGACGGUACCAAACUAGACACAGAUGGCUCUCUGACACAAUCACAUACAGUCGACGAGAUCUCUGAGCUACGCAGUGCCUUGGAUGAAUGCUGGACGCUUUGUAACACUCUGUCCAAUCUGAGCUCUAAUCAUCGGCGAAGAGCUCGUGCAGGAGCGCAGUCUGAUGCUUCUCAGGAACAAGUAUGGCGAAGCUGCUGGCUUCUUUGCAAGCAACUGUAUGAAUCGUGCGAGAACAGAGCUCAGAUUCAAACACUCCGGAUUCUGGAAACUUGUCGAGAGUUCUGUCAAGCUCUGUUUGACGUUCGUCAGCGUGGUGACGAGACUAUGGACUCUGUUCUAAGAGUCAGCUUCGAGAUGAACAAUCAUCUCUACAAUACACAUGACCGCCAUCUUCCCGAGGCAUUCGAGGAGAGAACACUGGAUUUCUAUGUCACCCUGUGUCAUCGUAUGAUGAAGCGAUCGACCUCCUUGAAUCAGGAGGCUGAUGCACUUUUAAGGGCCUGCUGGGCUUUGGCUGAAGCACUCUCCAACUUAAGGCAAGUUGAUCGCGACAUCAAAACACUUGAUGAGCUACUCGCUUCUGCUAUCCAAGCCUGCUGGGAUCUUUCGAACAUUUUUAGGGAGAGCUGGAGUCAUCUACGUCCUGAUAAAAGUACGCCACGACCAGUUCAAGAUGCUAGGGUUUCAUCAUCGAUGUCACAACACUCAACAGGUCGAUCUGAACGAGCUCCUUCCAGUUUGAGCAGCGAGUACCAUGACGCACCAUCACUACCGCCAGAAACUCCAACCACCAUCUUUGACGAUGCAACCACGGUCUCAUCACCAGAAACAGUCAACGUACCCAAUAUCCUGGUACUUGGCCCUGCUGCUCCUUCGAGUUCUGGUGGCUCAGCCCGUGGUACUAAACAUCACGAUCGCUGGUCCAGCAACGCAUCAACGCUGAGCGACUACUCAGAGUCUGCAGACUCGCAACGGACUUCGUCCACUGCGCGUGCGAAUUCUGAUGGUAAGCAUCCCCUCCGCCUACGUUGUCUGAUUCUCAAAGCGGCUUCCGAUGUUGGGUUCCCAAGAGCUUUGAAUCAGUCUCUGGCUUCGUUUGCCAAAACACUUCCGGUGAAUACUUUUGGCAACCAUCCAUGGCAGGUCCAAUUACUCGAACGCUACAAAAGACUUGUCGCUGUCGAUCAGAGCCUUCGAUCCGUAGCGUCCAUGUCCGGUCAAAGGCUUUCUGCUAUCGAGGUGGCCAAAUCAGUCAGAUGGUUGUGCCGAAACGAGGAUUGGACGUGGUUGAAACAGCUAUACUUGGUUGUCUUUGGGUUUGGCGUCGAAGAAGCGGAAAUCAGGGGUGGAUUUCUCCAAAUUUAG